AUGACCUGAGAGAUAUUUGUUUACUAAAUUUUAGAACAUUUUUUUAAACUCGAAAUAUCUAAAAGUCUCAUUUAUGCAAGUGAAAUCUGGUAUAAGUAUAAACAAUGAUUGAAUUAAAUUUUUAAAAAGCUCAUAUGUAAUAUAAUAAAUAAAAAUAUGGAUGUUGUUAAUGACAUUUCGUUUGAAAAAGUAUUUAAAAUUGAAAAACAUGAUCCGGAGGACUCAGAAAUUAACAAUGUUACGGAGGAACAUAAUUAUCCUGAUGAUACGAAUAAUAUGAGUGCUCCAGAAAGUGUUUUUAUAAAUAUUGAUCUUCCUGUCAGCAUAAAAGCAGAGGAGCCUGAUAAUGAAGAAGCUGCGGAUCCAUUGGCAGAAGUUACCGAAACACAGGCUGAGGAAUCAUCGACGGGUUCAGACUUGAAAGGAUUAUUAGACAGCAAUUCGACUAACUGUUCUCUAGAUAGCAAUCAGUAUACAUUGAUUGCUAAUGAAAAUUUAAUUUUAAUAAAAAAUGAAUACGACAGCUCACCUGAGGUAAACAGUGAUGUUAAAGAAACGAAUGUAAAAUCAUCAAAGAGGCCAAAAAUUACUAACAAAAAGGAAAGACAGUCUCGUAGUAAAAAGAAACGAAGUUCAAAACCUGCGAAAAAGAAAGCUAAACUUUUGAAAUGCGACAGGUGUCCUGCUUUAUUCGACUACAACAGUAACCUUGAAAGACAUAGGCGAACUCACUCACCGAAAAAACCAUAUACUUGCGACAUUUGUGGAACAAAAUUUGCUUGGAAACGUAAUUUAAAAGGUCAUAUAUUUUUACAUUCUGGAGAGCGACCUUUCAAAUGUAAGACAUGCUUGAAAACAUUCAACAAUAAAAAUACACUGGAAAGACAUAUGAUUAUUCACUUAGGUGUUAAACCACACAAAUGCAAAAUAUGUCCAGCAGGAUUUGAUUCUAAAAGCAAUUUAACGAGACACAUUCGCUCUCAUACAGGUGAAAAACCAUUCCAAUGUGAAAUCUGCUUAGCAAAAUUUACAGAGAAGCGCAAUUUGCAGAACCAUUUACUAAUUCAUUCAGGAGAGAAACCGUGGCAGUGUAAUGCAUGUCCGUUAAGAUUCAGUCAGAAGGCGUACUUGAGAAAACACCAAAUGUACCACAUAAGUAAAAACGUUCUAGAGUGCGACGUCUGUUUGAUGACAUUCGAAACGAAACGCAGUCUAUCUAGACAUAUGACGAUUCACGCAACCGACAGGAAGUUUGAAUGUGAUAUGUGUUUAGCAAGAUUCAUUAAAAAACGUGAACUGACCAAUCAUAUAAUGGCUCACACAGGGGAAAAACCAUGGCACUGUGAAAUUUGCCCAGCAAAAUUUAGUCAGAAGUUGUAUUUAAAAAAUCAUAAAAUUGUUCAUGCAGAACAAUUACCGUUUGAGUGUAAGACUUGUUCCGAAAGAUUUGAUACGGAAGACAAUCUUUCAGAGCACAAAAAGUCUCAUUCGAAAAAUUUAUGGCAAUGUACAAUUUGUAAUAAAAAAUUUACGUGGAAACAUCAUCUCGAGAAACACUUACUAACACAUACCAGGGCGCGACGUUACAGGUGUCCAACGUGUCCAGCAGCGUUUGGUUCUAAUAGUAAUCUCACUAGACAUAUUCGCUCUCAUACAGGCGAGAAACCAUUCCAAUGUGAAAUUUGCGAAGCAAGAUUUAGUGAGAAACGUAAUCUCCAAAAUCAUAUUAAUACCCAUACAGGAGAAAAGCCGUGGCAGUGUGACAAUUGUCCAGCGAAAUUUGGAUCCAGGUCCACAUUGACCAAGCACCAGCAGCUGCAUAAGCAACCACUUUUAUUUUCGUGUGACCACUGCUCACAGAAAUUUGUUUCAAAACGAAAGCUCAUCAAACAUAUACUAACCCAUGCGGACAAUUGGCCAUUUCAAUGUGAAAUUUGUUCAGCAAGAUUCACCGGGAAACGGAGUAUGUAUUUUCACUCUCUGACUCACACAGGUGAAAAACCAUGGGAGUGUGAAAUUUGUUUUGCUAAAUUUGCUCAAAAAGCUUAUUUAACAAGACAUAAACUUACUCACAUAGAUAUGCUAUCAUACAAGUGUCCUCACUGUUCAGAGCGAUUUCAUUCGGUAGAAAAUCUUAAUGAACAUAUACCAAUUCACAUGGCUCCUAAAACGGUUAUACAGUGUGAAUUAUGUUCAGCAACGUUUCGCGAAAUACGGAAUUUAAAUAAUCAUAUGGUACUUCAUUCUCAAGGAGAAGAACCUUGGAGAUGUGAAAUUUGUUCCACAGGUUUUAGAUGGAAGUUUGAUUUAGAUAAACAUAAACUUGACCAUUGUCAGUGAAAAUCAUUCAGAUAAAUUAUGCUUUCAGGAAAAAUUAACUUUAUUUAUUAAAAUUGUCAUAAUUAGAGUAACUGCUUUGUUUAA